UAUUUCAUAAACAUAAGAUAUAAUUCAGUUAUCCGCGGUUAUACCCGCAAUAAAAACCCCUGGUUUUCCCCGCGCUAUCUACCUAGGUAGGUACAUAUUAUCUAGCAGUCUAGGUACCGGGAAAAAUCAAGAACUGACGUUAUUCAACCUCCCUCUUUUAUUUCGUGCUUCCUGGGAAUUUCUUUUCAAGAUUGCCAUCGGUUGGUUUACAAAAUUGGUGUCUUCCUUCAAUGCAUCUUUCUAAGUAAAGAAAAAACGAUGCGACCCUUCGUUUCCUUCGUCUUCCUAGACUCCCUCUAUUAUUUUUUACUUGCCCACUUUCUUUCGUGGCCGUUUGCAAAGCAUCAUCUUCAGGUUACUCGUUAUCUUACCGGUCUAUCGUUACAUCCCAAGCUAUUCUUGCUUACAUAUUGAUGCCAUUAAAACAUGGCUGGCCAUAAUAAUGAUGCACCUUCUAUGCCUCCGCCGGUUUAUCAGCUUCCGGAAUGGGAGACAAUAACUCAUCCGCCAAAACCCCGUCAGUCCUUAUUAGGACGUAUUCUUCCCUCUAAAGAAGACCCCGAUGAACAUCUAGCCAUGUCAGCUAGACCUUCUACGGCAUUGGAUCAUGAACAAGCCAAGGAACCACCCGACAGAGCAUCUACUACGCUCCCAAUGUAUAAUUCACCAGCCACCAAGAGUGAUACAGCAAAACCUUCGCUCAUUGCACCGUUACGCAAACGCCUGGAUUCCGUCUUUCCUCCCCACCGGACUUAUUUUGGACGCUCUAGGCGUUUCUUUUUUCUUUUUAUCGUCUUACCCGCAGUCAUAUUCGUCUUCCUACUUGUCCCCCUAGCUAUUGGCCUCGGUGUAGGUUUAUCGCGUCGCCAUUCGGGCUCACAGAACCUACCACUCCCAAGCAAUAAGGACAUAUUCACCGGUGAAUUGACAUAUUACGAUCCCGCUUUAGGCGCCUGUGGUAUUCAAUCCAACAGCUAUGAGGAUAUUGUUUCUGUAUCGCAUAUCAUCUUCGACGCCACAAGCCAAGGGAACGAUCCCAACACCAAUUCCCUUUGCGGUAUGCGAAUUAGAGUUACCAGGGAUUUUGUCGAAGCUGGCGCUGGAAAUCGCAGUGUAGAUGUUGUAGUUGUAGACCGCUGCGUUGGUUGCCAGGCCACCGAUCUGGAUCUCAGUCUCUCCGUAUUUACGCAAUUGGCGCCACAGGAUAGUGGGAAGGUGGUUGGAAGCUGGGCAUGGUUGAGCUGAAGGGCUAAGAACAGUUCGAAAUAAUGAUGGGACGACAGCAUUGCGGCAUUUUCAGCGGGGCUUUUGCUUUCAUACGGAGUUCGGUUAACGGUUACUAUACCCUUUCUUUCCAUAGGUUUGAAUCAAGCGUUCCAAAUCUCAUCUAAUCAUCCAAGUCUCUUGCGAAGUAGAAGUAGUGUCCGUGCCUCAACCCGCAAUUUCUGCCAUAGAAUAAUGGUAGCGAAACCAUCGGCUCACGGCGUACAGCUUUGUGACUGUCUUAAUCUGCAGAGAUCGAACUUCGUCGGACCGAGUAGCUGUGUCAUAUGACUUGCUUGACAAAUAAGAAAUUUUAACAUUAUUUCUGAGAGCAUUCUUUUCGACAUACUACCGAUGAUCCAGCCGAAUAAAACCGCGUUUAGGCGCGGCGAGGCACGUCCACUAACAUUCAAGCUAUCCUUAUGUA